AUGCUUUUCAGUGGGACCCUGUUUCCAGUAUUGCUCAACAUUACUGAGAAUUUGACAGGGAGAGGGACUUAUGAGAAUCAUGAUGGGAAUGCACACAGAUUCUCUCAUCCAUUUUUUAUGAUUGCUGUGAUGUUUUUGGGAGAAUUUUCCUGCCUGUUCAUUUAUGUUUUAGUUAAAUGGGCUCGUUCUAGGGAUGCUCCGAUUGACAGAGAUGGUGGGAAAUUUAAUCCGUUGGUCUUUCUCCCUGCAGCCAUUAUUGAUUUGGUUCAAAUGUCUCUCCUGAAUCUUGGACUUGGACUUGUAUUAUUUGCCCAGAUCACCCCAUUCCAAGUCAUGAAAGGUGUGACUCUGGUGUUUACUGCACUUCUUUCUGUAGCUUUUCUUGCCCAGUCAUUUGGCAAAGAAAAAUGGCUGGGAAUGAUGAUGAUUGUCCUUGGCCUUCUGAUUAUUGGUUUACCAAAUCUACUCAAAAAUAUCGAAGAAGAUGACAAAAUUCAACAUUAUUCUCUUAUUGCAGGAGAACUUUUUAUUGCAAUGUCUCAGAUGUUGUCUGCAGUUCAAUUGGUUUAUGAAGAAUACUGGAUCCAUAAAUGUAACAUUCUGCCAUUGGCUGUUGUAGGCUGGGAAGGACUUUUUGGUUCUGUAGCAGCCAUUGGAAUGGUCAUUGGAUUCCACCGUAUCAAAGCAAAAAACUUUAGCCACCUCUCAUCUCAAAGACUUGAAGAUGUGUUGGAUGCCCUGAAACAAAUCAGCAGUUCUUGGAAAAUUUCUUUGUCUGUCGUCAGCACGGUGAUCUGUUUCACUCUCUUCAGAUUUGCUGGGGUGAGUCUCACUCGUCAGUGGAAUGCAACAACUCGUAUUGUAUUUGAAUGUUUCUGCACUGUAUUUGUAUGGCUUGUUCUGACACCACAGAGGCACUGGGUGUCUGAGAUGAACUACACUCCAGUCGGGUUGAUUUUGCUGGUCCUUGGAUUCAGUGCUUUCUACAACUUUGUUUUCUUCCGAUGGCUGUGCCAAUGUCCGACUAUCAAAUGCAAGAAAAGAGAGAAUAAAGAAUUGUUGCUCUCAGAGGAACAAGAUGGUAAUGUUGGAGAUAUCAAUAUCUAUCUAUAUAUCUAUCUAAAGAGUAGUGUAACCUUUCUGUUUCUUUCUUUUUCUGUCCAUAAAAAAUUUACUCAUUGA